CUCGUGGGACCCCCGGUCUCGGGUGGCCUUCCCCGGGUCCAGGAGCCAUGGAGCCCACAGCGGGUGACUUACAGCUUGUGCCUGGGGCGGCAAAGGAAGUCCCGGCUCCCGAUGCCACGUGCUGCCGUGUGGCCCUCUCCGCUGUGGUGGCCACCGGCAUUGUCAUGGUCACCCUGGGAGUCCUCGUGGCCUCCCUCUCUACACAGGGUGUCGACGUGGAGCACACGGCUGAGCUGCAAGGGGUCCAGUAUGCCCGCAGCUUGCAGCAAGAGACCUCAGAGUACUACCGCACGCUGACGCCCACUCUGGAAAGGCUGUUUGUGAGCAGCUUCCAGAAGACAGAGUUGGAGGCCAGCUGUGUGGGCUGUACCGUACUAGGUUACAGGGAUGGGAAUUCCAGUGUCUUCGUGCAUUUCCGGCUACACUUCUUGCUGCAAGCCCUGCAGUCACUGAGCCUGGGCCUGGAGGAGGAGCUGUUGCAGCAGGGACUCAGAGCAAGGCUGCAGGGGCAUGGUAUCCCCCUGGCUGCCCACGGCACCAUCGUGUCCGCUGAGCUCACAGGAAGUCAGAAAGGGCCACUGACGGAAAGAGACUUAAAAUCAGCAGGUAUGUCCUACCCUCUCCCAUGGAGCUCCCUGCCCUCUGCCGAGUUUCUCCGAUUGCAGUCAUGUGGAGAGGUUUCCCAAGACUUCUUUCCA